CUUAAGGGUCUCCUUCGGCGCUUUGGUUUUCAGUGAUGUCGAGCCCCGAAAAUACAUACGUUUGAUAUCUAAACCUCAUGGCCACGAAGUCAAAAAGAUUGCUGAAAGUUAUCGAUGGAAUACGUUCUUGGAAUAUUAGCUCUUCCCAACAAAGUACAUCUCUGAAGUCUGUCAUCGAAAUUGAUGAGUAUUUAAAAAGUGAACAUUUCCAAGUUGGAAGGGUCUCUGUACACGGUUUUCCUUGUCAACCAACUUGUAUAGCUUUUGAUCCCGUCCAACGGAUUGUUGCUGUCGGAACGAAGUCGGGGUUCGUCAGAAUCUUCGGAAGGCCAGGUGUGGACUGCAGCAUCUGUCAUCCUUCAGCAUCAGCUGUCCUUCAAAUAUUUUUCCUAGUCAAUGAGGGUGGUCUGGUUUCUAUUUGUGGCGAUGACGUUGCUCACUUGUGGAACAUCAGACAGAAGAAUCCGGAGAUAGUUCAUUCUUUGCAGUUCAAACGUGAACAUGCUAUUCCCUAUACUGCAAGAAUCAGUGCUCUUGAUUUCAUCACAAUCCAGUUACCUUUCCUCAUGUGGUUGAACUCAAUGAACAAGCGUUCCAGCAAGUGUAGCUCGGGUGGGUCGGGUGGUAAUUAAACCUGACUACUACAUCAAGUGGCCAGGUAUAAUUUCUGGUUUAAUUUUUUAAAUAUA